AUGCCCUCCAUCCAUCCAUCCUCUUCAGCAGACAGGGAUUCUUUCCCACAAGACAAAAUGGUUCCCUCAGAGAAAAUCACCAUCUCCAUCGACCGCGGUGGCACCUUCACGGACGUCCAUGCCAUCGUCCCUGGUCGUCCCGACAUCAUCCUCAAACUCCUCUCCGUCGACCCCGCACACUACAAGGAUGCCCCCACGGAAGGUAUCCGUCAGAUUCUCGAGAUGGUCACUGGCCAGCCUCAUCCAAGAGGGCAACCGUUGGAACUCGAUCAUAUCGGUUGUCUGCGGAUGGGGACUACAGUUGCGACAAAUGCCUUGCUAGAGAGGAAAGGCGCCCGGUCCGUCCUCUUCACCACCAAGGGUUUCCGCGACCUCCUCCGCAUCGGUGAUCAGUCUCGUCCGGAUAUCUUCGAUCUCACCAUGGCUCGACCGGGUAUGCUCCCCGAGGGAGUCAUCGAAGUCAACGAGCGUGUUAUCCCCUGCCACCAAUAUGCCGAUAAGGACUGCUUUACGGAUGCGAGGGUAGUCGAGGGUGUUACGGGUGAGAAGUUCCGCGUGGUACAGGAGCUGGAUCUCGAAGAGGUGCGACCGGAGCUUGAGAGAUUGAAGAAGGAGGGCUACCAAUCCCUCUCCGUUGCGCUGGUGCACUCCUACGCUUAUCCCGAGCAUGAACGGUUGAUCGGGGAAUUGGCCGAGUCCAUGGGUUUCUCCGUCACCCUCUCCUCGAAAUUGCAGCCCAUGAUUAAGAUCGUCCCGCGAGGCAUGUCGGCUGCCGCGGACGCCUACCUGACUCCUGUCAUCAAGACCUACAUCGAUUCCAUCUCUUCGAAUUUCAAGGGCGGCUUGGGAGGAGAGCACGCCUGUCGCUUCGAGUUCAUGCAGUCCGAUGGUGGGCUGGUCGAUUUCCGCAAAUUCAGUGGGCUCAAGGCGAUCCUGUCGGGCCCCGCGGCCGGUGUGGUCGGAUUCGCUGCGACCAGCUUUGAUCAGACGGAGCGGAUUCCUGUCAUUGGCUUCGACAUGGGUGGUACGUCGACGGAUGUCUCUCGCUUCGAUGGCCAUCUGGAACAUGUCUUCGGCUCCAAGGUUGCUGGUGUGAUGAUCCAGUCGCCGCAGCUGGAUAUCAACACCGUGGCUGCUGGUGGAGGCUCCAUCUUGUCAUGGCGCAACGGACUGUUCUACGUUGGACCCGAAUCCGCCAGCGCCCACCCCGGUCCAGCUUGUUACCGGAAGGGGGGGCCACUGACGGUCACCGAUGCGAACCUGUUCCUCGGCCGCCUGCUCCCUGAAUUCUUCCCUCACAUUUUCGGUCCCAAUGAAGAUCAGCCCCUUGACAAGGAGAAAACAUCCCAGCUCUUCCAUGACCUUAGCAAGAAGAUCAACGCGGAGCGCCGGGAGAAGGGUCAGACAGAGUACACGCCCGAGGAAGUCGCCAUGGGUUUCUUGAAGGUCGCUGACGAGUCGAUGGCACGUCCCAUUCGCAACCUCACUGAAGCUCGGGGGUUUGAAACACCCUCACACCACCUUGCCUGCUUUGGCGGUGCAGGCGGUCAGCAUGCUUGCUCUGUCGCUGCCUCUCUGGGCAUCUCUCGCAUCAUCAUCCAUAAGUUCUCCUCCGUCCUGUCUGCGUACGGUCUGGCCCUGGCCGAGGUGGUCAAGGAAUCGCAGGAGCCAGUUUCCGCCGACUACGAAUCCUCCCUGCCGAUUCUCGACAAGCGCUUCGAGGCUCUGACCGCGGCUGCCACGGCAGAGAUGGUCUCGCAGGGCCUCUCCGCCGACAAGGUACGCCACGAGCUGUACCUCAACAUGCGGUACGAUGGUUCGGAUACAAGCUUGAUGAUCCUGAAACCCGAAGGUUCAUCCGACUUUCUGGAAGAGUUCCGCGCACGUCAUCGCCGGGAAUUCAACUUCAACUCCGACCGCCCCGUGCUAAUUGACGAUAUCCGAGUUCGCACGAUUGCCUCCACCCAGGCACGAACGGAGAAGAGCCCUCUGGUCCAGCUGAAGGAGGCGGAGAUACGCGAUGUGGCCGUUGAACCUGCAAGCAUCACCCACGCCUACUUCGAUGGACACUCCAGCCGCAUCGACACUCCGGUGUACGUCCUUAGUCAACUCGAGAAGCACACUCGGAUCCGCGGUCCGGCUGUUAUCAUCGACAAGACACAGACGCUUGUGGUCGUACCAAAUGCGGUAGCCAACAUCCUCGAAACGUGUGUGUUGAUCGACUUGGAAGACCCAAAGGCUGCCAGCCGUGCCGCUGGUCUGUCCUCAGAAAUCGACCCUAUUAGGCUGAGUAUCUUUGGACACCGCUUCAUGUCCAUUGCCGAACAGAUGGGUCGCACGCUGCAAAAGACAUCCGUUUCUACCAACAUCAAGGAGCGAUUGGACUUUUCCUGCGCUCUCUUUUCUCCAGAUGGUGGUCUUGUCGCAAACGCUCCUCACCUGCCGGUGCACCUGGGUUCUAUGCAGUUCGCCGUUCGCUAUCAGCACAAGAAGUGGUUCGGACAGUUGAAGGACGGCGACGUCCUGGUUACCAACCACCCCAGCUGCGGAGGUACACAUUUGCCCGAUAUCACCGUCAUCACCCCCGUCUUCGAUCGGCCCGGCGGUGAUAAAAUCAUGUUCUACGUGGCGUCGCGUGGGCAUCAUGCUGAUAUUGGUGGAAUUCUUCCUGGAUCGAUGCCGCCCAAGUCCACGGAGCUCUGGCAAGAAGGAGCAGCUAUUGAGGGAGAGAAGAUGGUCAGCAAUGGCGUGUUCAAUGAAGAGCGCCUGGUUGACCUGCUUCUUCACCAGCCGGCCCGGUACGAGGGAUGCACGGGAACCCGAUGCCUGAAUGAUAACAUCUCAGAUCUCAAAGCGCAGGUUGCAGCAAACACGCGUGGUAUCACUCUCAUCCAGGCACUUUUCCAGGAGUACGGAGUUGAUACGGUGCAAAAAUACAUGUACGCCAUCCAGUCGACAGCGGAGGUCGCUGUGCGCAAUCUCUUGAAGGAACUCUACCAGCGAUUCGGCGGCCAGCCUCUCGAAGCAGUUGACUACAUGGACGACGGCACACCGAUCAAGCUCAAAGUCACCAUCAACGGGGAAGACGGAUCGGCCGUUUUCGACUUCGAAGGCACCGGCCCUGAAGUCUAUGGCAGCUGGAACGCUCCGAUUGCCAUCACGCACUCCGCCAUUAUCUACUGUCUCCGUUGCAUGAUCAAGUCCGAUAUCCCACUGAACCAGGGUUGUCUCGCCCCCAUCGACAUUCACGUUCCCUCGCCCAGCAUCCUCUCCCCAACCAAGACCGCUGCGGUUGUCGGUGGAAACGUAGUGACCUCGCAACGUAUCACCGACGUCGUCCUGAAGGCCUUCCGCGCCUGCGCCGCCUCGCAGGGCUGCUGCAACAACCUGACCUUCGGCAUGGACUCUCGCGUUGACCCCGAAACGGGCGCGACCAUCCCAUCAUUUGGGUACUAUGAAACCAUUGCCGGCGGCAGCGGUGCCGGACCAACCUGGAACGGCGAAUCGGGUGUCCACGUCCAUAUGACAAACACGCGCAUCACAGACCCCGAAGUCCUGGAGAAGCGCUACCCGACUCUCCUGCGCCAGUUCACUCUCCGCCCGAGCUCCGGAGGAAAGGGUCUCCACCCCGGCGGUGACGGAGUGAUUCGAGAUAUCGAGUUCCUGGCACCGAUACAGGUGUCCAUUCUGUCCGAGAGGAGAGUGUACCAUCCGUACGGAUUGGAGGGCGGUGAAGAUGCCGCCACGGGGCUGAAUCUGUGGAUUACGAAGGACCCGGAGACGGGUGCUAUGAGGACGGUUAAUAUUGGUGGCAAGAAUACCGUUUCGGCUAAGACGCAUGAUCGGGUGAUUAUUAUGACUGCUGGUGGUGGUGGAUGGGGGAAAGUUGAAGCAUAA